UUAUACAUACAUAGUAAUAAGAAAUAGGACCGAUAAGAAGUGUUUUCUAGUUAGAUGCCUUUCUUAGGAGAAAAAGCUAAGCAAAAAAUGACAAGUUGUUGAAUUGAAGAAGCAAAGUUGAGCUCUACUUUUAUGUAGUGUAAUUUAAAAGUGUUGGAACAGUUUGUUCCACUAAGUUCUUUUCCACUUACACUAGUAAAAAAGUAUCUCUAAUUAAUAACGUUAUGAAUUAAGGUAAUCUCCCGUUCUGUAACAAUUGUAAUAUUGGAUGGUACUCCGUAUUACUAAUAAACACGUGGCCUACCUGCUUUUGGUAGGUAGCGUCAUGUUAUUUUUCUCUCUUCCAACUUUCUUUGCAAAGUUAUUGAUUAAUUUUGGAAGUUUGAAAAUCAAACAAAUGGUCUAAAGUUGGUCAUUCUAGCCUCCAUGGACUUCAUACUUGCGAAUUACACUGCCUUGAAAUUAAAUUCUUAAAUGAAAUUCUAUGAAAAAUCGAAACUCAAAUUGUUACACCUUGAUGUGGUACUUGGAGGCUGCUAAACGAGUAAACGUUAUCAGCAUUGGCUAAGGUGAUUACAAGCGACUCUCUAUUAGCUGCACAGUGGGAUGUUUUACAAAGAGUGAUGGAUUUACUGAUGGUGGGAGUACACCAUGCUCGAACUUUACUUAUUCAUUACCAUUGGGAUGUUGAUAAGCUAGUCACGGUGUUUGUGGAGAAGGGCAAAGAUCACUUGUUUGCGGAAGCUGGAGUUAAAAUGAUUAAUUGCCCUGAUCUUGGCACCUACUUAUCACCUUCUUCAACUGUCUUCUGUAAUGUUUGCAUGGAGGAUGUUCGGUACAAUGAAGCGACUCAAAUGGAUUGCCAACAUUCGUUUUGCAACAAUUGCUGGACAGAGCAUUUUAUUAUGCAGAUAAGGGAGGGUCAUAGCAGGCGAAUUAAGUGCAUGUCACACAAAUGCAAUACAGUAUGUGAUGAAUCUGUCAUACGAAACCUAGUAAGCAAGAGAGAUGAAGAUCUAGCAAAGAAAUUUGAUCGAUUUCUACUAGAAUCCUACAUUGAGGAGAAUAAAUUGGUGAAAUGGUGUCCGAGUGUUCCUCAUUGUGGAAAUGCUAUACGUGUUGAGGGUGAUGUGCUAUGCGAGGUGGGAUGUACAUGUGGGUUACAGUUUUGUUUUAGCUGUUUAUCAGAAGCACACUCUCCUUGUUCAUGUUUGAUGUGGGAGUUGUGGACAAAGAAGUGGAGAGAUGAAUCGUUGAACCUAAAUUGGAUUAAGAUCAAUACGAAGAACUGUCCAUCAUGUCUUAAGCCUGUGGAGAAGAAUGGAGGCUGCAAUAUUGUCAGAUGUGUGUGUGGAAAGCCUUUCUGUUGGGUGUGUUUGCAAGCAAAGAGCUACAACCAUGCCUGUGGGCGUUAUGUAGACCCAGGAGAUUCAGUUGAGCUUAUAAGAAAGGCCCUCUACCGAUAUAGGCACUAUUAUGAACGGUUUAAAGCACAUAGAGAUUCCUUAAAUCUUGAGACUGAACUAGAGAAAACAGUAAGAAAGAAGAUAUCCUUUUGUGAAGAGGAGACAGGGCUUCGAGAGUUUAACUGGUUGGAGAAAGGAAUGUGUGUAUUAUUCAGGUCAAGACGGGCUCUAUCAUACUCGUAUGCCUUUGCCUUUUACAUGUUUGGAGAUGAAUUAUUCAAGAAUGACAUGAGUAAACAAGAGAAAAAGAUUAAGCAGAAUCUAUUCGAGGAUCAGCAACAGCAAUUCGAGGCUAAUGUUGAAAAACUCUCAAAGUUAGUAGAAGAGCCAUUGGAAAAGUACUCUGUGGAUGAUGAAGUCAAGGCUAUAAGAUCAAAAGUGAUGAUUUUGUCUAAUGUUGUUAGCAAGUUCUGCAAGAGCAUGUACGAUUGCAUUGAAAAUGAUUUACUAGGCAGCCUUCGUUGCAAUAUUCAUAAUAUCGCGCCUUACAGAUCAGAUGGAGUUGAGAGGGCUUCUGAGCUUUCUGCUAGCCUAACUAACAUGGGCAGUUGAGGCGUACCAUCAGAGGAAGAGAUAAAUGGGUGGAUGGUGGAAAUUGAUGAAUCUUCAAAAUUUGAUAAGUCAAAUAAAAGGUUGAAGGCGAGUUGAUGCAUGCUAGAUUUGGCAAUGAUUCUACAGUGCACUGGCAGAUUCAGAGAUUUCUUGUGAUGAAUUCAUCCAAAGAGUUUCUUGAUUUUUCAUUAAUAAAGGUCCGCGCCUUGAAAUAGCAGCUCGAUACUUGAUAAUUUAUCCAAGAAAAUCAUGAUUGUAAAGAUUGAGGAUUAUUUUAUCUUUUACUCCACCGAUAAGAAAUUUAGUGUCGCAUAAAUAAUGUUAUGAACUAAAGAGCAACAAUUGGUAGUAAUUUAGACAUGAUUUGAUCUUACAUUUUCAAUA